UAUAACUUGUGCCUGUUGGAUCAGAUGGGCAGUUGUUGUCGCACCAUUAGUAGAUUAUGUUUUUUCAUAUAAUAUUAUCAGGGUUUAUAUCAAGGUAGAUUGUUUAACAGGAGGAUUAUAUUUUGAACGAGUAGUUUUAAAAUGCCCACAUUAGUUAAUGACUUAUAGUCAAGGUUUUGUUCAGUCACUGUGAUGGAAUACUCUGAUUGGAGGGACAUGGUAAGGUAUUUCUUUUGACUCCUUGUUUGUAGUGUGUUACUUAUUUGGGUAAAUUAUGACUAAAUAUAUUGAUGAAAAGUCAUAUUGUUUUAAAAGGUGGUUAAAAUUCGAAGGAUAAAAUCACGAUUGCACCAGCUGGGAAUUGAACCCGGGAUCUGUAUCAAUCUUUUUGGAAUGGACUUUAAGAUAACUAGUCCUAUAAUUUUUUUGUUAAUAUUGUGAUAAAUAUAUUCCCACAUCGAUAUAUUUAGAUAUUAAGCUUAUGAAUAUAUUAAUUAGAACUGAUAUUAUAUUUGCCGGGCUUUGGUAAUGCGGGCCUGUAACCCAUAUGGGGGCAUUAAGGUUAUUGGAUGGCUGGCGCUGAGCUUAGUUGAGUAAAUACCCAACUAAUGCGAGGUUUAAUUGAGUAGAUUUGGGGUUUCUUUUACCUCCUACCCAAUUAAUGCGUUUCAGUUGACAAUUAUCUGCCGGGCUUGGUAAUGUGGGCCUGUAACCCAUAUGGGGGCAUUAGGAUUAUUGGAUAGCAACAAUUUUUUUUUUUAAUUUUGCAAUUGAUUCAUAAACUCACACCAAAGAUUUGAUUUUCUUUUUUUUUGUAGGCAUAUAUAUGUUUGAUGAUAUUUUAGACUUGUACUCAAAUUGCAACAAUGACCUUCCUUCAAGAAUUCUUCUUGGUGGUUCCUUAUUGAGGAAGUUCUUACUGUCCAUGGAAUGUUUGGAAAUUGCUUGGAGAGGAGAAUUUUCUAAUAGACCAGAAAGUGAAAAGGAAUGAAGGGAGAGAUGAGAUCGAGGGGCUUGGAGGGACAUGGGCACAGAAAACGAGUACCAGUCACCAAACAUGAAUGGAAUGUUUGGAAACUGUUUGAAGUCUUGGAGAGUUUUCAAGUAGACCCGAGAAUGGGAGGAGGAAGAAGCUUGGAGGGACAUGGUAAGAUAUGUGGGUACAGAAAGGGUACAGAAAACGAGUACCAGCCACUAAACAUGAAUGGAAUGUUUGGAAACUGCUUGAAAGUCUUGGAGAGUUUUCGAGUAGACCCGAGAGUGGGAGGAGGAAUGAGCUUGGAGGGACAUGAUUUGGUGUUUGUUGGUAUUGAGAAUCAGAUGCGUGGGUGGUGGACAUAGAAGACGAGUAUCAAAAGUUCAGAUAUGAUUUUUCAUGGUUCCAUAUUUCUCCUUUCCUUCUUGAGAAAGGUAUAUUUCUUUUCAACUCCAUGUCUUGUGUUUUAUCAAAGAAAAAAGUAACUAUGACUUAAUAUAUUGAACAAUAAUGAAUCGAUAUAUUUAAAGUUUAAUAUUCUUAAUGCAAUUGAUUAGAAUAAAUUCGAGUUUUUAC